UGCUGCUCAGCCCAGGCAGGGUUGUGGGGCUGUUGCCCACAGGUGUGUGUGUGUGUGUGUGUCCCGCUCAGACCCCCAUAGAGCAGGGUGAGAGCUGGUGCAGAGCAGGCAGGAGGCAGCAGGGUGCUGGGGCUCCCAAGAUCCAGGUGCCACCACCAAGUCACGGAGAUGCUGGAUCUACCCUUCCUGCCCUUCUGCGUCCUCCUGGGUGGCCUGGGCUUUGUGUGUGUGGCCUUCGUGAGCGCCUGGUGCCAGCACUGGCGCGGUGGCUUCGCCUUGGAUGGCAGCGCCCAGAUGUUCAACUGGCACCCAGUGCUGAUGGUGACAGGCAUGGUGGUGCUGUACAGUGCAGCGGCCCUGGUGUACCGCCUGCCCGCUACCUGGAGGGGCCCCAAGCUCCCCUGGAAGGUGCUGCACAGCUCCCUGGCCCUGGCAGCCUUCACUCUGGCCGUGCUGGGGCUGGUGGCUGUUUUUCGCUUCCACAACAGCCAUGGCACACCCAACAUGUACUCGCUGCACAGCUGGCUGGGGCUGGCCACCAUCCUGCUCUUCUCCUGCCAGUGGCUGGCUGGCUUCAGCACCUUCCUGCUGCCCUGGGCUCCUGCCUGGCUCCGUGCCUUCUACAAACCUGUGCACAUCUUCUUUGGCUCCACCAUCCUCAUGCUGUCGGUGGCCUCAUGUGUGUCGGGCAUCAACGAGAAGCUCUUCUUCAGCCUGAAGAACGGGACGACUGACUACAAGCACCUGCCUGCUGAGGCUGUCUUUGCCAACAUGCUGGGGCUCCUGAUCAUCCUCUUUGGGGUGCUGGUGCUGGGGGCUCUGGCCAGGCCAAGCUGGAAGCGUCCCGACGCCGACUCUCCAGACUCUUGCCAGCCGCUGCUCACCGCCGAGCGCUGAUGCUGCUGCAGCAGCCGAGGUCUCUCCCUGCCCUCUCAGGGCCACCAGCCCCGAACACUCCGACCCCAUCACAUCCCUGCCUGCUUUGCCGGCCCUGCUCUCGGCCUGUCACCGUGCCCUCGUCCCUCUGCCUGUGCCUGAUGCUUAUCUGCCCGUGGGAGGAACAGGCUCAGCUCCCUUACGGCAGAGGGAUUGCUGUGGUGUGGACAUCUCUUUGCCUCCGCUGUGGCCUGGCAUUGGCCUCCUGCCUGCCGUAGGAUGAGGGCAGCUGCAGCGUGACGCUCCUGCCUGCCUCCUCGUGCCAGCUCCUGCUGGGUCCAGCUGGCCUCUCACGCCUGAACCUCGGUCCGUGCCACACCAACUGCCCUCCCCGUGCCACGCAGUGCCAUCCUCAACACGAUGGCUGGAGCUGCCAGAGCCUCAUCAGGUCAGAAGCCAUUGGAGGAGUGUCUGUGUACACGGCCGUGCUGCCACCCCCCACCCUGGGACCAUCUCCUGUGCAGGGAGCCCGGCUUGGGGUGGCAGGGGUGGAGGAGACCCUCGCACCGUGCCUUGCCCUUCACUGGGCUGCCUGUGCCUCUCCCUCCACCCCAUGGGUGUGGGUGGCAGGACCAGCCGCGCAGCCCCCUGGGGCCCUCGUGGACACGUAAUAAACCACUGGCUUCUGCAGUG